CACCAUUUCUUCAAUCCAUCAUUGUGUAUUCAGCCACAUCCAGCCGACUUGUUUGUCAAUCUUGUAUUCUUCAAGCCGGAAUUCCUCGUCAUUGGCUUCGACUUCUGCUUGGCCCGACUUGAGCCACCUGGGUUCGACCUGGAUUCAUAAUGAAGACUUCUACCAUUGUCUCGAUAUCCGUUGGCACGGCAGUCACUGGACUGAUCGCGUAUGCAGCUUAUUUCGACUACAAACGGAGAAAUGACCCUGGGUUCCGGAAAGCCUUAAAACGAGAAUCCCGCAGACAAGCUAGGAUAGCCAAGGAGGAAGCCGAGAUCCAGGGAAAGAGACAAAGAGAAGAGAUCAAGCUGGCGGUGCAAGAAGCCAUUGAGGAAGGCUUCCCUACAGAUGUGGAAGAGAAGGAGGCGUUCUUUAUGCAACAAAUAGCCCAGGGAGAGGCAUUGGCCGGAGAUGGCUCUGACCCGGUUGGCGCGGCACUCUGCUUCUACAAAGGCCUCAAGGUGUAUCCCGAACCUUCCUCGCUUAUUCGCAUUUACGAUAACACCGUUCCGAAGGAGAUCCUCGAAAUUCUUGCCGUCAUGGUCGCUCAAGACAAGAGUCUCAAGGUGGGCGACUUUGGCGCCAGCAGUGACAGGGGCUCGGAAAGCGGACACGGGGUUGAAUGAGUUCCUACGCUUUGACAUACAGCAACUUUUGUAUCAACAAGAAUUUCACCGUCCUCGUAUGAGGGACGCCUUUUCAGUCCCUUGCCAAGAAAAUCGCCUCUCUGUACGACUGUUGUAUACCAGCGCUGGGCCGAUGUUUGAGCUUGUCAGGAUGAUAUACAUUUUUGUUGGGACAUAAUUCAGUGGUCACUCGACUAGUGGCCUCUUCAAUUAAAAGCUUUGCCCGAUUCAUGGCCGCUUUGCACUGUUAUCAGACCAGUCGUUGUUUUUCUGUUCAUUCAUCUCAUUGACUUCUCAAGCAUUGUGAAAGCAGCCUCUCGGGCAAGAUCGUGAGGCAACGUUGCCACUCGCUGGUAUUUGAGAUUGGCUCACGCCAACAGAAAUGUUGCGAAAUCUUGCCAUAUGAUAUGCCACAAAUUUUGCAAGGUCAUUAACAUGGCCAAAGGCCACAAUGACCACGUUUCGGCUUGUCCUUACCAACCUGCCUUGGUCGAAACGUC